AUGGCUGUGCGUUCCAGGCUAACCUUAAACCCUGUUAAGAGGAGAACGCUUCAGGAGAGAAUUUCAGGAAAUUCAAAUCCCUCCCCACCUCCUUGUCUCUUCCCCCCCGCUCAUCGUGAGGGCUGUACAGAACUGGACAGCAAUCAUUAUAGCCUGGGAAGUGAUGUCACUGCAUUGUCUUGCAAGUGCCCUAAUAUACACGUGGUUUUCCAGGUAUGCAUUUUCUUUCUCUCUUUCAGCGUCAACGCCUGUGUAGAUGUUGUCCUGUCUGGUGUGAAGCUAUUAGAGGCACUUGGUCUUGAUCCUGGGGAUGGAAAAAAUCAUGCUGUCUUGAACUCCAGCCAGGACCUGAAGGAAGCAUUCACUUACUUCAUGCAAAAAGGGGCAGCUGCUGAGCGCUUCUUCAGUGACGCGGAGUCUUUCCAUGACAUAGCGCAGACAGCCUCUGAGUACCCUGAUGCGCAGCUUUAUGUAGGAGGAAAUGCUGCUCUUAUUGGUCAGAAGCUUGCGGCAAAUCCAGAGCUGAAGAUCCUCCUUUGUGGCCCAGUUGGUCCUAAACUUCAUGAACUACUUGAUGACAACGUAGUUGUGCCACCUGAAUCUAUGCAGGAAAGAGACGAAUUCCAUCUUAUCUUGGAGUAUCAAGCAGGUGAAGAGUGGGGACAAGUGAAAGCACCCAAUGCCAACCGCUUCAUCUUCUCCCAUGACGUAUCAAAUGGCGCCUUAAAUAUGCUGGAAGUGUUUGUGUCUAGCUUGGAUGAAUUUCAGCCAGAUCUUGUGGUACUCUCAGGACUUCACAUGAUGGAGGGCCAGAGCAAGGAGAUGCGACAGAGACGACUUCUGGAGGCUGUGGCCUCCAUAUCUGAUAUCCCUACUGACAUUCCCAUACACCUGGAAUUGGCCAGUAUGACUGAUCAGGAUCUUAUGAGCAACAUUAUGCAUCAGCAGGUCUUUCCCCUGGUGAACUCUAUUGGGCUGAAUGAACAGGAGCUGCUGUUCCUCACGCAGUCUGCCUCUGGUCCCCACGCCUCCCUCACUUCCUGGAAUGGAGUUCCCGACGUGGGUGUCGUCAGUGACAUCCUCUUCUGGAUCCUGAAGGAGCACGGGAGAACCACGGACAGGGCCUCUGAUCUCACGCGGAUUCACUUCCACACCCUGGCCUAUCAUAUCCUUGCUACAGUGGACGGGUACUGGGGCAACCAGAUUGCUGCUGUGGCUGCUGGAGCUAGAGCAGCAGGGAUGCAGGCCUGUGCAACUGAAGCCAUUGAUACCAGCAAAGUCUUUCUUAAAGCUCCUCUGGAGUUUGUGACCUCCCAGACAGAGACACCCUCCAAAAUAUCUUUAAACCCAGAUGAGCCAGUAGUGCAUUGGCACAGAGAAGGCAUCUCAUUCCACUUCACUCCUGUUUUGGUGUGUAAAGAUCCCGUCCGGACUGUAGGACUCGGGGAUGCUAUUUCAGCUGAAGGACUACUAUAUUCAGAAGUAUAUCCUCAAUAGAAGACUAAGACCCUCCUUUUUCUCCGAUACUGUAUGGUGUCUGAGGAAUCAUGGUGUUCUCAUUAGGAUUUCGGCCAGUGGUGGUAUAGGAAUAGAAUUAGGGUGUGAUGCAUUUCCUGGAUAUAACUGAAAAAGAGCCAAAGAAUAAUUCCAGGUAUAAUAAGCUGUCAGACACAUUCCAGUCACUUGGCAGUGACUUGAACAUUUCACAUUUAAGUGCAGAGGUUUUUGUAUUUUAAAGCAAAGACUGGCUUUUCUUUGUCUUAAGCGUGUGGGGGGGAAAUGAGUAUCCAAAUCCCUGUUCGGAGUAGGCUUGCUGUUUGUAACCGUGAAUGGGUCUUCUCCGUUAGUGCUUGAGAGUAUAGCAGCCAGGAGACUUUCUUGAUUAUGAAUCCCAGGGAGAACGCAGCAGUCCUUGGCCCUGUCUUGCUUUUGAUAAAGUAAAAAUAAAAGGCUCUUGCAUUAUCUCCUCAUGGCACAUUGCUACAGGGCAAGAGCAAACCUUCUGCUUGCUUGAUGCGAUGAUGAAAUCUCUUACUGACAAAUUACCUCUCAACCUCAGUGCCCCCAGCACUGGAGGGAGCCAGAGUCCUGAAAUGUGAUGCACACCGUACCUACUCCUUAAAUGCACAGAGAAAAUCUGACUCAAGACUACAAAGAUCGCUCUGGGUAGCUAUCUGGUUGUCUCUGUGACUUACAGUAUUCAACUGAGCCCUAGUAGCCUGCGGUUAGGUUUUUUUGGGCAAAUAAAAGUGAAGAUAAUCAGGGUUUAUAUUUGGGCGAACAGCUUUAUUUACUUGCCAGGUGAAUCCUAAAACUUUACCUGGGUUAGCUAUCAACUAAAUACCAAGAGUUUCAGCCAAAGGGGCUCACGGUUUGCUUUCUUUGCUAACAGUAGGUGCUUAUAUUUGAUCUCUUCCAGCUUACAAAAAAGUUAUUAACUGGAGACUAAAUUUUUGUUUGAGAACUGUUGUGCAAUUUUCCUCUGUUUCCCUGCAUUCCAUUCCGAAGGGUUAAGUUAUUAGGCACGGUCCCUCAGGAGGCUAAAAAGCUGUGGCAGCACCUUCCAGGUAAGAUUGAAGUGAAGCUCUUAUUUUGGAUGAAGUCACUGAUAAUAGUUUCUUUCAGCCCUGGACAGCCUUUGAAAUGAAAACAAAUUAGAACUUGUGUGUCUUACCACCUAAAUCAUGCAUAGUCUCAUAGCAUAACUUGUUUAGGAGUCUUUCUUGUUAAAUACAUUGUUUAUAUUUUUUCCUCUGGACAGUAGCACCCUAUCAAUUGCAUAGGAUUUUCUGCAUAGGAUGGAUAUGAGGAUUUUCUGUGUUGUCUGUGUCUCCUUCUAGGAACUUUAAUGUAUUUGCAUAGCUAUCAUACACAUUUUUCAGUAUAACUAAAUUAAAUGCAAUCAGCGUAUCUAUGCAAGCCAGGACCAUACUAGGAUUUGUAUGAGGUCACUUAUGGCCAGUCUUUGCAUCUGAAUGGAGGGGAGUGGUACGGGGUGCAUAUCACUUUGGCUGGAGUGAUCAGUUACAGUACUGCUGUCAUAUUGCUGUCAGUGAUGUUUUCCUGUUGGAAAAAGCCAUUGUGAAUGCUCUGUAAGGAUAAAAAUUGACAGCUGUUGUAACUUGUACUGACUUAACACAAAACACCGUCUGCCAACGUAAAUUUAACUUCCUCCCCUCUGAGGAAAGUCUGCUCUGUAGUAGCAGAGGAGAGACCCAGUCAGCGUUAUGCUUUUCUGUAGCUUAGACCACUCUGAUCUUCCCUUGGGUCUUGCCAUUUAUCUCAAUGAGGGAUCAUCUUAACACUGGAAGUCUUUCUAUCCAAACUUAUUUUUGAUAAAUUGUAGCAUGGGACUCGGGGCUCUGUUUUAGUCUUUCUAAAGAAACAAAGAAAGAAAAAGGAAAAAUAAAAUGCUUUGAGCUAUCUAGAAGGUCUGAGGCCAUUAGCAGGGUUAUUUUGCAGCCUUUGAUCGUUGCCUUCUGGCACAACACCACUCGAGCCACCAAAGGCCAUGCAUCCAGCCAGCUGGAGAAUUAACUCUUUGCUUAUGAUAGGUCCCACUUUCUUGACAUCGGGCUGAGCUGUGUGGAUUCUUGAGCUGGAAACAAAACUAAGCUAAAUACACACCAGCUGUUCUGCGCAAUGGUCCUGCUGCUGUAUUUCAUCUCUCACUUCCAAAAACAUUUGGUGAGAUACUAGGCUUGUUGGACUGUCAUUGCCUUAGGGCCACUUAAAAUCACGUAACUGCACUAAUGGAACCUGUCCAAGGGUAAGUUAUGUUUGCUCUUAGCAGGAGUGUUACAGGCCUUUUUUGUUCUUCCCCCCCCCCCCCCCACUAAAAAUAAAUAACUACUGUAAGUAUGAAAUAAGUUAAUUGCUGAGAGUUCAUCUGGGCCUAAAAACUAAACUCUCUGAAAUUAUUAUGAACUCCUUUCCUGUUGUGCCUGUUCUUUCUCACUGGGUAACAUUCCUCCUUUGGCCGUCUGUCGGCGUGCUGUGAACGCCCUGGCAGCAAGAGUCACUUCUCAAGUGGAAGUAGCUUGUGAGGGCUAGACUGCUGCUGUAUCUGUGUAUCUGCUUUGAUCAGACAUCUCGCCGUCAGGUUGCCUGCUCACCAAAUUCACUUAGCGAGGAUAAGUCUUCACAAGUGUGACCUGUUAAUUGGAUAUGCUGUUGGUAUCCCUGAUUAAGUUUUGAAACAAUCUAUAUGAUAAUAAAACUGAACUGAAUGGCAGCACCCAGCAGCCCUUCUUCAAUUCAUAUUUCACAUGCUGUGAACCUGAUGCGCUUAGCUUCCUUCUGCCUUCCAAACUUAAUUAGAAGGGCUGCAGAGUCUCUUGAAAGCCUUCUGCACGUGCAGGCUGUCUGACGCCUACACGCAGUAGCAACAGUGACCCCGAAGCAAGGCUGCUCUGUCUUCAGCAGCCUUUGCUGAACAAGAGACAAGAAAACAUAUAGUGUGGGGUUUGGGGCGGAGGGGGUGUCAUAAGGGGGGGAAAAAACCCUCUAGUGAAAUAUCUAGCAAUUUAGGGGAGACUUAUCCCUCAAGGUUGGUGUUUUGACUGUCCCCAUGCAGUACCUUUGGUGCUCUUGGGCUCUUUUUUUUUUUU